AUGGCCGGUGACGGCAAGUCGGACACCCCCUGGACCGAGAGCGCCGCCGCGACUUUCGACGGCAAGCAGUACAGUCAAUACUUUGAUCCGUGCCAGGAGGCUGCCUCCAAGAGUCUCCGAUGUCUUCACCGCAACGGCGGUGACAGAGACAUGUGCUCUGACUAUUUCCAGUACGCUCCUCCCGCAGGGGCGAGAGCGCUCUCGCCGCGCUUCUGGCCGCCACGCACCGACCAGCUGACUCCUCCCUCUGCUAACACCGGCUUUGCUAGGGCAUAUCGUGACUGCAAGAAGCAGUGGAUGGAGGCCCGGAAAGAGGCCAAGCGGAAGGAGGGCAAGUCGUUGUGGUGA